AUUUCAGUUGACCCUUUCAUCGUCUGGAUUUCCUCAUUCCAUUGUUCAGUCUCGACCAAGCAACACCACAUUUAUUUUUACAAAUUUCUUACGGAGUUUAUCGUGCGCAGUCCCAUCGUGUAUACAAACGACAUGGAUAAUCAUAACGAAAGCGUGCAGACUAAAUCGGCGGAUAAGUUAGUGAUCACCGCAGAAAAUAUGAAUGAUUAUUUGGCAAAGUGUUUUGAAGUGAAGUCAAAUGAAAUUAUAAAUGAGCUUCCAGAGAAGAAGAUAGACGUUCCUCCAUUUGAAAAUAUGCAGGCGAAGCCGGUUGAUUACAUACGUUCUUUUGAGGCCAUCUCCAAUCAGAAUACAGAUGCAAAUAAAUGUGUGUUCCCAGAGGAGAAGAUAGAAUUUUCAGUACAAAAUUCUGUGUCGAAGGUCCUUUCAGUGGGAAAUUCUGUGGUUAAUAUUGGAGAGAAGCCGCAUGAAUCGAUAUGUCAUUUUGCUGCGAUCUCCAAGGAGCAUUUAAAUGAAGCUGCGAAUAGAAUUUCUGCAACUGCAUGCAAUUCAGUGAAGAGCAUCCAGGAAGUGAAGCAGGAAGUACCUUUUCAACAUGCAUCUUCUUCUUCUUUGCAUGUCUGCAAUAAGAAUUCCGGGAUUGGGGAUCGUAAAAGUAUGGAGGAGACCGUGAAGGAACCAGUCGUGAAACCUAGUCAAAUUAUCGGCGAUGCCCCAGUGAAUUAUGAUGUUAAGCAAUGGAAUUCAGCAGAGACAGUUAACAAGCCAGUUGAAGUUCAGGAACAGAAGCAGGAUGAGGGCAAUCAGGACAUGGAAGAAGAAGACGAGGAGAGCUACACUUCGGUCUCCGAACUACGUUGCAUCAAUAACUGCUGGGUUGUAGUAGUAGUGAAUGUCCCGACUAAAAAAGCCAAAGGCUCUCCGGGCUCUCCGGGCUCUCCGGGCUCUCCGGGCUCUCCGGGCUCUCCGGGCUCUCCGGGCUCUCCGAAAUGAGUCCACAGCUCACAUCCUAUCAAAUUGUAAAGUGAAAGAUGAUGGAUAUAUCACUGAGUUAACAUUAAAGAACUAAAUUAAAAAUUCAA